GCUUCUCUCCAUCUUGUGAUUCCUUUUUCCUCCCCAACCCUCCGGUGGGGGUGCGAGUUGGUCUCCAUUCCCCCACUCAGCCGCCUUCUUUUCUUCUCGCCCUCCUGCCCCUCCCCAGCUCGGUGUGCGCCUCUUUCUUCUCUCCCCCCCUUCCUUUUUAUUUAUUCCUAUUUAUUUGGCGCCCGCUCUCUCUCUGUCCCUCGCCUCCCUCCCUCCGGAUCCCCGCGCUCUCCCCGGAGUGGCGCGUCGGGGGCUCCGCCGCUGGCCAGGCGUGAUGUUGCACGUGGAGAUGUUGACGCUGCUGUUUCUGGUGCUCUGGAUGUGUGUGCUCAGCCAGGACCCGGGCUCCAAGGCCGUCGCCGACCGCUACGCUGUCUACUGGAACAGCAGCAACCCCAGAUUCCAGAAGGGUGACUACCACAUUGACGUCUGUAUCAAUGACUACCUGGAUGUUUUCUGCCCUCACUAUGAGGACUCCGUCCCAGAAGAUAAGACUGAACGCUAUGUCCUCUACAUGGUGAACUUUGAUGGCUACAGUGCCUGCGACCACACUUCCAAAGGGUUCAAGAGAUGGGAAUGUAACCGGCCUCACUCUCCAAAUGGACCACUGAAGUUCUCUGAAAAAUUCCAGCUCUUCACUCCCUUUUCCCUAGGAUUUGAAUUCAGGCCAGGCCGAGAAUAUUUCUACAUCUCCUCUGCAAUCCCAGAUAAUGGAAGAAGGUCCUGUCUAAAGCUCAAAGUCUUUGUGAGACCAACAAAUAGCUGUAUGAAAACUAUAGGUGUUCAUGAUCGUGUUUUCGAUGUUAACGACAAAGUAGAAAAUUCAUUAGAACCAGCAGAUGACACCGUACAUGAGUCAGCCGAGCCAUCCCGCGGCGAGAACGCGGCACAGACACCAAGGAUACCCAGCCGCCUUUUGGCAAUCCUACUGUUCCUCCUGGCGAUGCUUUUGACAUUAUAGCACAGUCUCCUCCCGUCACCUGUCACUGAAAACAUCAGGGUCUUGGAACACCAGAGAUCCACCUAACUGCUCAUCCUAAGAAGGGACUUGUUAUCGGGUUUUGGCAGAUGUCAGAUUUUUGUUUUCUUUCUUUUCAGCCUAAAUUCUAAGCAACAACUUGGGGGGCCGGGGAGGGGGCUCAACUAGUUACUGCCUCCCUUACCCACCCCACCCCCAGCCCUUGCCUUGACUUCUUUCACCCCCUCCCAAACUAAAUGGGCUCCAGAUGAAAAUGCCAAAUUGUGGUAGUGACACCAGUGGUUCGUCAGCUCCUGUGCAUUCUCCUAUCAGAGCUCACCUCUGCGAGCACACUGUGUCAGCAAUGUAUGGACAAGGAAGGAUAGUGGCAGAUGUAGCCAGCGAUGGCUAGGCCUGGGAGGGCUUUGCUGUCCUAUACAAUAUUUAUGCCUUCUCAUUCAGAACUGUAAGAUGAUCGCGCAGGGCAUCAUGUCACCAUGUCAGGUCCAGAGGGGAGGAAUUAAGAAUAGAUAUAAUAUUACACCAUUUUCUCUAGGAGUGUAUAAAUGAACAGGCUUCUAAAGGGUUGAGACACUGGGGUUGUUUUUUUUUUUUUAAUAUGACUGUCUUAAAGCAUUCUUGACAACAAAACUUGUGCUCUGUAAAAGAAGGCUUUUUUUUCCUAGGAGGCAGGUUGGGUGCAGAAUGCUAACACAAAGCAAGCGUGAGAACAGAGAAAACUCUGUUUGGUGGGGGUGUGUAUGUGUGAGUGCCUCUAAUUUUUUUGGUGACUGGGCAGUGCACACCAGAUUAUUUUUUCUUUGAAUACAAAUCACCAUGGUGCUACAACUUUUUUUGUUUUGUUUUUUAGAAACUCAAAGAGGCAUUUUUAUGAAUAAAGUGACCUUCCCCAAGGCUGACAAGCCAGGGUUGAUGAGUGCAUAGUGGAAUAGCUUUGGAUGCUCCUCUGGGGACAAUAUGUACCAAGGAAAGGAUUUCAGUGGUUGGAGGAGACAUGGUUUGGCUUGACUGGAGCGCCAAGGUGCUGUGGCCUUUCCCCGACACCCACCCUAGUACCCACGUUUUGCUCCACACUCCACGACCGCAGGGGCUCGGACACAAACCCCUGUCACCAGGAGAGUCAGUCAGCACCACUUGGGAGGGCUAAAGGGAAAUUUGGAAAUAAAAUUCCAAAGUUUGGAGUAAAAAAAAAAUUCAAGUGUUGAUUUUAUAUUCUUUCCCUUUCUGACACAGCCUGAAGCGUAGGGGGAACAUGUGUUUAUCUGUGGGAGAUAAACAAGAUGGAGUCCCAAAGACUUUAACAAAAUAUUUUUUUAAAAAUCCACUAGAAUAGAAAAUACAUUAUUUAGAUAUACUUUAUGCUGAGAGUGAGUAUAUAUGCUUGUCCUAUUUAAACUUGUGAGAAAAAGUGGUAUCCCUUGAUACAUUUAGAAAUAUGGGGGCUAUCUUGUUUCAUUGUGGGGGUGGGGCAGAAGGAGAACAAAUGCAGGAUGACCCUGUUCAAGGAAUCUUGCUAGCAAGGCCAACAGAGGACGUUUCCAGUUGAUCAGGAAAUGCAAGCCUUGGGGUUUCUACUGGUGGUGGGGCUGUCAAGAACUUUAAAAUCCAAAGCCUACACAGGGAGAAAUGUUAGACCAAUGGAAAAGCAAUCUAGCCUUUUUUUUUUUUUUUUUUUGCUAUUGCACGACAUGUCAAUAGAAACCAUGCCUUUUAAAAUAAAUAAAUAAAUGUGAUGAUCAUGUAAAAUAUGAAAAAUUGAAAGCAUUCCAGCAAGAUAAGGAUUUUUUUUAUAUAUUUGUUUUUUUAAGAUGUACAUGUAAAAAAAACAAAAAAGAGGGCAUCGCUUCUGGACAGACUUCGUGAAUGGGAAUUUGCUUAGAAUUGUGAGUAGUUCUGAAUUAGAAAAAUAUGUGAAUGAAAGGCAGCUGUAAACGUACUGCACCCUGGAGAGUUGUACACAUGUUGAAAUGUAAUCUGGGCUUACCUGAUCCGUUUGGAGUGGAUGUGACUGCCGAGUCUGUUCUCACAUAGAACCAUGCGCGUGGGGUUGCCAGCCUGGAAGAUAUGAUCAAUCCUAUUCCCACUGACAUCAGGAACUUCUUGGAGUGGCAGAGUCUUAUCACAAAAGGCAGCCACCAUUUCAUUGAAACAAAAGUUCACAGCAUUUGAUUCCUUUUUCCUUUAAUUAUUUAUAUGCUUCACACUCUUGGUAAUAUCUAGAAAUACUUUUUUUUUUUUACUAAUAGUUCCAGGCUUGUUGGUCCAGUGGGAUUUGGGUAGGGGAAAAAAAGAUACAUUCUAAAAUGGAUCAAUAGUCAGAACCAAAAUAAUAUUGCAUGUUCUAUAAUGACAAGGAGAUAAAAUGAUUCUGUAAUGAUUCCAGUUAGUCAUAACCACAUUAGCAGUGCUAAUUUCAUUUUAGGAAUGGAGACUUCUGUUGUUUUUCUAGCAUUUGUCUCUAACAAAUGAUGAAAUAAUUACUCAUGGCCCUGUCUGCCAUUGUCUUUCGUUUUUCUUCACAGUGAAAUUAGACCCCUUUACUUUACCAUCAUGCCACUGCAAAUUAAGUAAAAAGAAAAUAGCAAGACUAUCCACGCCAGUAGACAGUAUGCUUCUCCACCUAUGAGUGACGUAAUCAUAGCUAAUGCACUUGCCAUGGAAUUUUCAAGAAGAUAUUGGAAUCAGACAGUUUUCAUUGUGUUUAAAAAGUGUUGGUGGCCUUUUUGUGGUGAUGUUACAAUCCUCUGGGGGCUUAGGAGGAUGUCGAUGCGACUUUGUAGCAGCUUUUAAUUUCAAAAACAAAUCAAAAGUCUGAAAGGCAGCUAUGCUGUUCCUCAGCCCCAGUUAGUCAAACCCCAGCAACAUUUGCCCCUGGUUGCCAAGGGCUUUGCAACAUGAAGCAGGGAAAUAAGGAUCUGUCUGUUUAGUGGAUACCGUGUAUCCUUUAAUAGACCAGGUAACAGUUCGUGUUAGUUUAGACUAUUGUUUUGUACUGUACUUUCUUGGGUGGCAGAGGAAUGAAAAGUAAACCGUUAAACAAAAACUGCGUUCUUUAAAUUCUGUAUUAUUAGCAACCUCUGUUGUAUAUAGUGUUUGAUAAUAAAGUAUUAAUUUGAUUCUUAUGUCUUUUGUAAGUGAGAACAAUAGACUUUCAGGAUACAAAACAUGCAUUGAGGCUUUGAAACAUCCAAUGUGUACCGUGGCUGAGAAAGAAUCACAAAUGGCUGAGACACUGCUUCCUACAGGACUCAUGUGUAGUCAUCGCCCACCCAAUCUUAUGACUCCGUCAUCUUGGGACCUGGAACAACAUGACGUUUUUGAUCAAUAUUUUGUCCUCAGUGUUUUCAAGGUCUGAUGUUGGAGCCCUGUGGUCCACCCUCUCGCCCCCUCUCACCUCCCCCAGCAUGUUGGUUUGAAAAGGUUAGGGAAUUUAGCAACAGUCUGUACUUUGGUUUGCUUUGCUUUUCUGUUUAUGAUUGUUUUCAUGGACUGUUUUACUUUUUUUCCCAGGAAGAGUCUUUAUCAAUGUCACGUGCAGCUCACACAUGGGAAUGGUUACAGACCAAUCACCAUAGGAAGGUUAAAUGGAGCAGUUUACCUCUCUGUGUCGUUGUGAAAGGAAGAGUCAUAUCGUACCUGUGGGUUUUCAGGGACUCUGUUUUUCUCCGGUGCCUUAGCAACGGCCACAGCCAUCUUUAAUAGUUUCAAAUAAUUAGAAAAACAGUUUUAAACUCCUCCCUUCCAUUCAUUGCUCUCAGAGUUGUGGUCACUAGCUUUUUCUUUGAAAACCACCUCCACCAACACCCCUGUUUGCCUACAUUCCCCCCCACCCCUUUACUUUUUAUGUUUAUCUUUUUGUCUCUCGCCUUCCUCCCACGUUUUAUUUUCUCUCAGAGCCGUGAAUGGGCAGGUCUGUCUCUGGUUUGGCAUCACUGAGUUUUUCCCAUGCAUUUGCCCCAGGGCUGCUCGAAUGUGAGACAAAUCUCCCUACAAUGGGCUUGCUCCCAUUGUGUGUACAGUUUAAUAGAUGCUGGCAUGUUGGAGGUUACCCAUGAGUCAAAAUCCGCUUUCCAUGCUUACUCUUGACACCCCAUUGAAGCCACUCAUUGUGUGUGUGUCUGGGUGUGAAGUCCAGCUCCGUGUGGUCCUGUGCUUGUACUGCCCUGCUUUGCAGUUCCUUUGCACUUACUCAUCGAGUGCUGUUUUGAAAUGCUGACAUUAUAUAAACGUUAAAGAUAAUGUAAAAAAAAAAAAAACCCACACACAAACAAACCCAUUACGAUCUGUAUUUGUAUAUACACGUGUCCGUACAAGUAUACUUAAAUAAAAAUUAAAGAUUUUCAUCAUUUUAAUUGGA